GCCGCAGGAAUAUGCUGGAAGCCGACUGGCGGGCGCUGGGGAGGUGCUGAACGGACAGUUCCCGCCGCUUUAUUUGCCCGGCGGCGGGUAGGAGGGUGGGGCGGCCUUAGAGUCCGCUGGGCACGUGAGCGAUGGAGACCAUCUGGAUCUACCAGUUCCGCCUAAUCGUCAUCGGGGACUCCACCGUGGGAAAGUCAUGCCUCCUGCACCGCUUCACUCAGGGCCGCUUUCCUGGUCUGCGCUCCCCCGCCUGCGACCCCACCGUCGGCGUGGACUUCUUCUCCCGCCUGCUGGAGAUCGAGCCCGGCAAGAGGAUAAAGCUGCAGCUCUGGGACACGGCGGGACAGGAGCGGUUCAGAUCAAUAACUCGAUCUUAUUACCGCAACUCGGUUGGUGGAUUUUUAGUAUUUGACAUUACUAACCGACGAUCUUUUGAACAUGUGAAAGAUUGGCUGGAAGAAGCAAAAAUGCACGUACAGCCAUUUCAGAUUGUAUUUCUGCUAGUGGGACAUAAAUGUGAUUUAGCUUCACAACGUCAAGUUACAAGGGAAGAAGCUGAAAAACUGUCAGCAGACUGUGGUAUGAAGUAUAUAGAAACCUCAGCAAAAGAUGCUACGAAUGUUGAGGAAUCCUUCACUAUCUUGACAAGAGACAUAUAUGAACUUAUUAAAAGGGGAGAGAUUUGUAUUCAGGAUGGCUGGGAAGGGGUUAAAAGUGGUUUCGUUCCAAAUACUGUGCAUUCUUCUGAGGAAGCAGUAAAGCCCAGGAAAGAGUGCUUCUGCUGACUUCAAACAUACCAAAGAAUUAAGAACAGAUUGGAUGUCAUUUCAGGAUAAAUACCAACAUUAACAACAGAAUGAUAUGAUGAAAGCAUUUUAAAAAGUUAUAAACCCAUGCUAAUGCUGUUUUGUAAGGUAUUUAAUUCAGAGCAAUAUGCUAACUUGUUAAACUACCAGAUUGGUAUUUUGCUAAAUUAUCAAGCAAAGCAGACAACAUUUUCUGGAAACUGGAGUGUCUACAUAAUUGCCUUCAUUCUCAUUUUGUUAGCAUAUAACUGACCAUAAUAUCCAAAUAUGUCAAUAUUACUCGUGUUUCUUGAUAGUUUGAAAUGGAUGUUUUAUGCACACAUAUAAUCUAUUGAAAAGAUUUUAUCAGGAGUUACAUUCUCUAGCAUUAAUUAAUAUUAAAUAGUAAAGUGGAUUUAAAAGUGCACUGUUCAUUUACAAAGUAAACAAUCUCAGAGUUAUUAACUAGGCCUAAAAUAACAAUUUCUUGCUUAAAGUGGCAGGUUUGUAACCAUUCUCUGAAAUAUUCUCCCUUAAUUUUGCUUGAACAUGAAAAGAUAAGUUUUAUAUUAAUUUUUGUUCUCUCAUUUAUUGCUCCUGAAAAUUUUAUGUUUUAUAGAGACAUCUAAGGAUCUCAGCAAAAUAUUUUAUUAUAAAUAUUUGUAAAAAUCAAAAUGAAGGGUCACUUUCAGCAAAUGUUUUGUUUUUAUAGUAUACUGUCCUUAAUAAGAUAAGAAAAAUGAAUUUAUAUACUGAUGACAUUUUCAAAGAAAGUAAAUCCAGUCUACCUUGAUCUAUUGUCAAAAUUAUCAAUAUAGGUAAGUGUAGAAUAUUUUUAAUAAUUGCUUUUUAUGUUCAAGUGAAUUUCCAAAUUUCCCCAUUUUCAAUACAAGGAAAGUGUAGAAAAUAUAUUACGGGGCAAGAAAAAUUGACUAGAUGUUUGAAAUAACAUUCAUCAUCAGUAAAAGUAAAAAUAAAAUAAUGAGUUAAGGCUAUAAGAUAAUGUUUGAGCUUCCUAAUUUUUAACUUGUUAAUUAAAUCCCCCUCCUGAAAGGGACGUUUUUAUGACAAUGUCAAAUAUUUUAUAAUAUACGUUUCUAUUCUGUUCUGUAAACCAUUCUUGAUCACAAACUGCUUUUUGGAAUCAUAAGGUCUUUACUGUUUAACUGUAGUUGCUUCAUUUGUCUGAAAACCAAAUUUGUAUAGUAGAAAGAAUAAUGAGAAAUCAGAAAACCUGGUUCUAAGCUUGCCUUUGCUUUCCAGCAUUCAUACAUGAGUAAGUAACAACUUCUGUUAGUUUUCUCAUCUGUAAAACAAGGCUAAUGACCUCAUUAAUUGUAUUUCAUGGAAUUAUUUUGGGAAUCCAGUGAAUCAUGUAGAAAAGUUUUGUGAGUGGAGAAAGAAUUAUGCAAAUGUGAGAUCAAUAUCAACUGCUGAUGGGCAUACUAUUAUAUUUACAAUGGAUGAGAAUUUUUCCCAUGUUAUCUUCCUUCCCUCCCACACAGAAGGAGCAAAGAAGGUGUAUGCUUUCAUGGACCUGGCGCAGUUCUUGGCUUGAUAUAUUUGUGUAGACUGUUACCCUGAAACUCCGCUCCUCUAAAGUGGAAAUGUUAGGCAAGAAAAUCCCACGAGACUUAAUUCAAUCAAAAGUCAUGUUUGAAUGUGGUUUUUGUGCCUCUUUGAAUGUUUAAAUACUAGUACCUUUCUAGAUUAAUGUAGGUAUUUUUAUAGUGCCUGUAGAGACUAUGAAUUAUACCAUUGCUAUAAUUUUUUUAAUAUAUUGUAAAUGUUUUCUUGGUAUCCUUGGAUUAAUUUUACUUGAGUAAGUUCCAACUAUAACUGGGCAGAUAAGACAAUACUGUCACCCCAAAAGUGAAGUAGUCUCGUUUUAUUGUUAUAAUUUAAAAUCUUAUCAUUUUCAUCAGUUCAAAGUAGCAUAAACUCACAUAGUGAAUACUUAACAGUAAAGUACAGUUAUUUGUGGCUAUUUGUAAAGUUAAACAGCUAAAAUAUAAAAUGUGAUUUAACUUUCAGUGGAUACCCUUUGUAAUACUAAUGUUGGUACAGCACUCAUGUUUGGUCAAAGCAUAUGAUGUGUUCCAAGAUUUAGAAUCAAGUUAAGAAAUCAAAAGAAACAAAUGGGAAUGCAGGGCCCCAUAAAGCUGAUACUUAGCAGAAUCACACAUAAGCAGAAGCAAGCAUCAAAGUGUAAUUCUUAUAUCGUGGUUGAUAUUCUUUCCAUAAUCAUGCUGUGUCAGGGUGUGUGUGUGCUGAAUAAAAGGGGAAAUGCCAUCUAACAGAAUCUACAAAGUCUAAAAUUGGGCUAAAUCGUUAUAUUAUAGAGGAGCUGAAAUUUUUGAGUUCUUAUACCAGAUUGCCAAAUAUCUUUAUAACCUUAGCCAGAUAUCUUUAUCUAUUUAUCUGCCUAUCUCCCUAUACAUAUAAGUAACUGACCUAUUUUCGUACACAUCAUUAUGUAGCAUAUGGAUAAUAAUGCCAAUGUAGUAAAGAUAUUAGCUCCAGGCAAAAUAUUUUGAGUAAGGUUCUUAUAAAUCAAAAAUACUCAAUUUUAUAUUAGAAUUAUAUAAUUUAAUAUUUAAUUUAAACCUUACUUAAAUUAAAAUCUUUAAAAUGAACAAUGUAGCUAAUUUAAUAAUUAGCUAAUUGUUAAAUAUUUUAAAUGUGAUUAAAAAGAAAUGAAAAACUAUCCAAUCAUAUAACAAAUUUGUCCCUGACAGAAAUUGCUCAUCUUGAGUAUUAUUAACACUUUCAGGGCAUGUAGUGAUAUGUUUCAUUAAAUGGUAAGCUUAAGCCAAAAUGAUUAUGUAAUUGGAGUGUGGAGUGUGUAAAUGCGGCCUUUAUAUACACGGUAGUAGCAAACAAGAGUUUUUGAGCCUGGAAACUUGGGAGUUUACUCUAGGUUUCCCAAAGCUGCAAAGCAGUUUCGGUUUGUUUGGUUGGUUAGUUGGUUUGAUUUGGUAGCAAUCAAAGCAGUCAUUUCUAUUAUUGUUAAGAUAACUUUGGCAGUCUUUUUAUCCAACUUUACAUCAUGAAAAAACUGAAUCUGUGAAUUAAUAAAAUCAUCUUAGUGCUGCUUUUGUCAGAUUUUAUAUUGCCAUUGGUUAAAUUAAGAACAAAGCUUCAGGUUUCCUUGGUGGUCUAGUUGGGUUAAAAUUCUGCCUUGCGCUGCAGGGGACACUGAUUCCAUCCCUGAUCCAGGAAGAUCCCACAUGCCGCAGGGCAACUAAGCCCAUGUGCCACAACUACUGAACCCACACUCUAGAACCUUCGAGAUGCAAUUACUGAGUGCAAGCUCCUCAACUUCUGAAGCCCUUUCUUCCCAGAGCCUGUGCUCCACAAGAGAGCCACCAAAAUGAGAAGCCCACACACAACAGCUAGAGAGUAGCCCCUGCUCACCGCAACUAGAGAAGGCUUCAUGCAUGGUAAUGAAGACCUAGCAAAGCCAAAAAUAAAUACGUAAAUGAAAUUAUAAAAAGAAGAACACAGUUUCCUUUGACUUUGUGAAAUAAAAUUCACAGAUAAGGCAAGAUAAGAAAAAUCUAAACAAAAGAAUUCUCUGCCCUUUGGCCUCCUCUCUCCCCCACUGUGCAUCAACCAAAUCUCUUUCAUCAGCAGGAAUACCUGCUCAAUCAUUAAGAGCACCAUUGGCCAAGCAUCAAAAAGACAAUUCCUUAAAAGAUAACAUUCCUUCUUGGUCUUGUAAAGGAUCACAUAACCUACCAUGAUGACACUUAGACCUGGAUUAUGUAAACUGUCACUAAUGAUACAUCAUUUGAUGUACAGCCUUCUGUCUCAAAAAAAUAUAUAACCUGUGCCUUGACUUAUGACAAGUAGAAUAGUUCUCAGAGCUUUCUGAGAUAUACUUCCCAGGUUUUAUUUCUCAAAUUCGGCUCAAAUAAAAAUUUCCAAUUCUUUCUUAGGUCGACUGAAUAGUGUUUCUUCUACAACUUAAAAGAGUGCACUCUAUUUCCUUAGUUAUGACAUAGAAGCAUUCAAAAGACUAAAGACCUGUUUGAUAAGCUAACUCAUUUGUUCCCCAAUAACUGCCCGAAGAGAUUCAGUUGGAAAUGCAAAGGAAAUCAUUAAGAAAAAAUAAACACUAUUAAGGCUUUAAAGUUAGAUUCUUAGUAUUUUAAAAUAGUAGAAUACAUUCCCAAUCAGAACCUACUUUUGGAUAUUCCACAGCUGAUAAACAACCAUCUCUGCUUCAGAAUCUUUCUAAAUUCGUUUUCUCACUAAACUUUCCUGAGCAACUGAUCUUAAAAUAACUAACAAACUGUUCUCCUGAACCUGAAUGAACUGCUACAUGACUUGGUAUUUCCAAAAUCUUAAUAACACAUGAGUGAUGAGCUAUGACAAUCUAAUCAAUUACUAUACAAUCUAAUUCACAUCAUUAUGAUAUAGAAUAAAUAUAAAAGAAAAAAUUUAAAGAUAUUAAAAAACUGGUGUUCCUUGUUGGUAUGUCUCUGGGUAAAUUUUUCAUCAUUUUUUUAAUAGUACCUAAAACAUUAUCUAUGUGACAUUCAGUGACUAUUAAUUGAUGAUUAUUAUGCUGAGUUAAUCCUAUUUAAUGUGGGAUCCGUAUACUUAGUUUUAGUUUAUAUAUUCCAUGGAGGAACAAACAUGUUUUGCUACAAUUUCUCUUGCAAUUUUUUCAGAAUGACAGCCAAUGGAAGAAAGAUAUGGCAUAAAGUUUUUGAAGUAUGUUAUUUGAUUUUAAAUAAUGAAUAAAAAGAAUGAGAAUGAGAA